GAGAAUUUCGGUCAAUGUGGUCGUAUGAUAGAGGCAAAGGUAUUUAGUAAAGGUAGAAAAUGUUCAGAUCCUUCUGACUGUGAAUGCUCUGCAUGUGUCAUUGCAGGGGAAUUGGCAGCGAGGCUAGUUUGUUUGUUGCUCCCAGUACACUUGGUUAGUGUGGAAACCCAAUAGGAGGGAGCUCAAUUGUGCGCAAUGGGCAACUGAAGCACGGUGGCUAAAAAUAAUCCUUCUGCACUAUCAGGCGUGUGAGUACACUGCUGUCACUAACAACCACGAGAUCUGGGAAUGAAACCCUGAUAAUACGACCAUCGUUCCAGUAAAUACCAAUCAGGCAGCAUGGCUUUGUCAUUCUGCGGGAACGAUGUCAACGACUCCUACAGCGUCAACAAGGGAGUCCUGAAUAACGGCUGUUUUGUGGAUGCCCUCAACCUCGUUCCACAUGUUUUCUUACUCUUCAUCACUUUCCCUAUCCUCUUCAUUGGUUGGGGCAGUCAGAGCUCGAAGGUGCAAAUCCACCACAACACCUGGCUGCACUUCCCUGGCCAUAAUCCACGCUGGAUUCUGACCUUCACAUUGCUUUUUGUGCACGUGUGCGAGAUCGCAGAGGGAAUCGUCUCCAACACGGAGAUGAAGUCUAAUCACUUGCACCUUUUUCUACCUGCAUUAAUGGGCUUCAUAGCAGCUACUACAUCAGUGGUCUAUUACCACAAUAUUGAAACUGCCAACUUCCCCAAAUUACUCCUCGCACUAUUCAUCUAUUGGGUGCUGGCGUUCAUCACCAAAAUCAUCAAGCUCUGGAAGUUUGCAGAAGAAGGAGUAGGCAUUCAGCAUCUUCGCUUCUGUAUCACAGCUCUGCUUGUGGUGUUGUACGGCCUGCUUAUGGCUGUCGAGAUCAACGUCAUACGGGUCAGGAAGUAUGUGUUCUUCACUAACCCUCAGCGAGUGAAACCACCAGAGGACCUGCAAGAUCUAGGUGUACGUUUCCUCCAGCCUUUUGUUAACCUGCUCUCUAAGGCAACAUACUGGUGGAUGAACCCUCUGAUCAUGGGUGCUCACAAGAGGCCCAUCGAGCUGAAGAAGAUUGGCAAGAUGCCCAUGGCCAUGAGGGCUAUGACCAACUACAUGCGUCUGAGGGACGCUUAUGAACAGCAGAGGGAGAAUGCCGAGGAGAUGGGAAAGACCCCGUCCAUCUGGAGGUCCAUGUACCGUGCAUUCGGGCGGCCCAUUCUCCUCAGCAGCACCUUCCGCUACAUGGCUGAUUUACUAGGCUUUGCUGGACCACUUUGUAUUUCUGGGAUUGUAGAGAACCUGAACCCGGAGAACAAGACUGAAGUCUUUAACAUGACCAAGACAGAGGAUCUACCAUUUGGAGUCUACUUUAUGUCCUCCACGGAGCUGUUCAAAAAGGCGUAUGUUCUGGCUGUGCUUCUCUUCCUGGCCCUGGUGCUCCAGCGCACAUUUUUACAAGCCUCCUACUACGUCACUAUAGAAACAGGCAUCAACCUACGAGGAGCACUCUUGGCAAUGAUCUACAACAAGAUCUUGCGUCUCUCCACCUCCAACAUGUCUAUGGGAGAGAUGACUCUUGGACAGAUCAACAACUUGGUGGCUAUAGAGACCAACCAGCUGAUGUGGUUCCUGUUUCUGUGCCCUAACUUGUGGGCAAUGCCUGUGCAGAUUGUUAUGGGUGUGAUCCUGCUGUAUUACUUGCUGGGGUUCAGCGCUCUCAUUGGUGCACUGGUCAUUGUGUUGCUGGCCCCCAUUCAGUACCUCAUCGCCACCAAGCUUGCUGACACCCAAAAAAACACACUGGACUACUCCACAGACCGCCUGAAAAAAACCACAGAGAUCCUGAAAGGCAUUAAGCUGCUGAAGUUGUAUGCCUGGGAAAACAUUUUCUGUGAUAGUGUGCUGGACACCAGGAACAAGGAACUCACCAGCCUCAGGACGUUUGCUUUUUACACGUCCAUGUCCAUUUUUAUGAACGCAGCCAUCCCCAUUGCUGCUGUGUUAGUGACCUUUGUUACUCACGCAUAUAUCAGCGACCCUGAUGACAGACUGACUCCAGCCAAGGCAUUCUCCUCUCUGGCUCUCUUCCACAUCCUGGUCACUCCACUCUUCCUGCUCUCCACUGUGGUCCGAUUCGCAGUAAAGGCCCAGGUCAGUGUUCAAAAGCUUGGAGAGUUCUUACAGAGCGAAGAGAUCGGUGAUGACAGCUGGAGAAAUGGAGACAUGCCGAUGAUUUAUGAGCCUUACAAGAAAUCCUCUGGGGGUACAAAGGUGAUAAAUAGGAAGCAGCCACUACGUUAUCAGAUGGAUAACUACGAUCAGCCCAUGCGCAGGCAGCUGCGUCCCACCGAGACGGAGGAUGUCGCCGUGAAGGUGACCAAUGGAUACUUCACAUGGGGAAGCAACUUGUCGACCCUAUCUGACAUAAACAUCUGCAUUCCUUCAGGUCAGCUGACCAUGAUUGUGGGCCAGGUGGGUUGUGGGAAAUCAUCACUACUUUUAGCCAUGCUGGGCGAGAUGCAGAAUCUCAGUGGAAAAGUCUAUUGGAGCAAUCUUCCUGAAUGUGAGAUGUUCCAUGAUGGCUGCAUAAGCGAGUAUGACACAGAUUUUUCCUACGAAGAACGGAGUAAGAACAGGUACUCUGUGGCAUACGCAGCUCAGAAGUCUUGGCUGCUAAAUGCUACUGUAGAGGAGAACAUCACAUUUGGGAGUCCUUUCAACAAGCAGAGAUACAAGGCUGUGAUUGAUGCUUGCUCACUGCAGCCAGAUAUUGAUCUCCUUCCAUUCGGGGACCAGACUGAAAUUGGAGAAAGGGGAAUAAAUCUCAGCGGAGGUCAGAGACAGAGGAUAUGUGUGGGCAGAGCUCUGUAUCAGAACACCAACAUUGUUUUUCUGGAUGACCCAUUUUCUGCUUUGGACAUCCAUUUAAGUGACCAUCUCAUGCAGGAGGGCAUUCUCAAGUUCUUGCAGGACGAUAAGCGCACCACGGUCCUAGUUACACACAAGCUGCAGUACCUCAUUCAUGCAGAUUGGAUCAUAGCAAUGAAGGAUGGAUCUGUGUUGAGAGAGGGGACUUUAAAGGACAUCCAGAUACACGAUGUGGAGCUGUAUGAGCACUGGAAGACUCUCAUGAACAGGCAGGACCAGGAACUGAAGAAGGACACAGAUAUUGAGAGUCAGACUACUCUUGAGAGGAAAACACUGAGAAGAGCCUUUUAUUCAAGAGAAGCCAAGAACCAAAUUGAUGAUGAAGAUGAAGAAGAGCAAGAGGAGGAAGAUGAAGACGACAACAUGUCCACUACCACCAGCCGCCGUUCAAAAAUUCCUUGGAGGGUUUGCUGGUGUUAUUUGUCUUCCGGUGGGUUUCUCUUGGUUUUCAUGAUGGUUGCCUCCAAGCUGGCCAAGCACUCUGUCAUGGUGGCUAUUGAUUACUGGCUGGCAGCAUGGACGUCCUCAAGCCCAAAUAAUUUCAGUGAUUUCAACCUGGAUGCAAACACCAACUACACUCAGGAGCACAACCCCAUGCAAAGUUCUGAGCAUCAAUCCUACGUGCCAGUGUUCAUUAUUCUCUGUGGAGCUGGAAUAGUCCUCUGUCUUAUCACGUCUCUGACUGUUGAGUUUUUGGGUCUUGCUGCUGCCACUAAGCUGCACCAUAACUUACUCAAAAAGAUUAUCCACGCACCUCUUAGAUUCUUUGACGUUACCCCACUUGGCCAAAUUCUCAACCGCUUCUCUGCGGAUACCAACAUAAUUGAUCAGCACAUUCCUCCUACACUGGAGUCUCUCACUCGAUCUACUCUUCUAUGUCUCUCUGCAAUUGGCAUCAUUGCUUUCGUGACACCGGCUUUCCUCAUCGCUCUUGUGCCCCUCGCAGUGGCCUUCUACUUCAUCCAGAAGUACUUCCGGGUCGCAUCAAAAGAUUUGCAGGACCUAGAUGACUCCACUCAGCUGCCUUUGCUCUGCCAUUUUUCUGAGACUGCAGAAGGCCUCACCACCAUACGAGCAUUCAGGCACGAGGUACGCUUCAGGCAGAGAAUGCUGGAGUUGACUGACACCAACAACAUAGCUUACCUCUUCCUCUCUGCAGCCAACCGGUGGCUAGAAGUCAGAACAGAUUAUUUGGGGGCAGUUAUUGUCCUUACAGCUGCAGUAGCUGCCAUCUGGAUGUCUUCUUACGGACUCCAGCCUGGUCUGGUUGGACUCGGCUUAACAUAUGCUCUUACAGUGACUAAUUAUCUGAACUGGGUAGUGAGGAACCUGGCAGAUCUAGAGGUUCAGAUGGCAGCAGUGAAGAAGGUUAACAGCUUCCUCAGCAUAGAGUCAGAGAACUACGAAGGCUCCAUAGAUGUCUCCCAGGUUCCAGAGGACUGGCCUCAACAUGGUGAAAUUAAGAUCCAGGACUUGUGUGUGAGAUACGACCUCAUACUGAAACCUGUUCUUAAACAUGUCAAUGCUUUCAUCAAUCCUGGUGAAAAGGUGGGCAUUUGUGGGAGGACAGGCAGUGGAAAAUCCUCAUUGUCUCUGGCCUUUUUCAAUAUGGUGGAUGUUUUUGAAGGAAAGAUCAUUAUUGAUGGCAUUGAUAUCUGCAAGCUGCCCCUGCAUACUCUGAGAUCCCGGUUAUCCAUCAUUCUUCAAGAUCCAGUGCUGUUCAGUGGCUCCAUUCGUUUUAACCUGGAUCCAGAAUGCAGCUGUACUGAUGACAGGCUUUGGGAGGCUCUAGAAAUUGCCCAGCUAAAGAAUAUGGUCAAAACACUCCCAGGAGGACUGGAUGCCAUAGUAACCGAAGGAGGAGAGAACUUCAGCGUGGGUCAGCGGCAACUCUUCUGCCUCGCCAGAGCCUUUGUUCGUAAGAGCAGCAUCCUCAUUAUGGAUGAGGCGACAGCAUCCAUCGACAUGGCAACGGAGAACAUUUUGCAGAAGGUCGUGAUGACAGCAUUUUCUGACCGCACAGUCGUCACCAUAGCACACCGGGUUCACACUAUCCUGACAGCUGAUCUUGUGAUCGUAAUGAAGAGAGGGAACAUACUCGAGUACGGGAAACCAGAGGCACUGAUGGAGCAGGAGGACGGCAUGUUCGCCUCCUUCGUCAAAGCAGACAUGUAAACACAUUCAUCGAUAUACACACACACACACACACACUGCUGAAAUACAAGGAAGGAAGGAGUUGUUUCUUAUUUUAUAAACUGGCAGAUUUUCCAGUCUGCCUAUGCCUUUGACCUUUUAUUAAUAUACAUUACAUAACUGCAGUGUUUGAUUCUUUCUUCUGGUUUAUGCUUAUUUUUUACAUUAAGUUAAUGGUAGGAAUAGCAGCUGUAUACAGUAUACUGUAUUAACUGGUACUAACACUGUAAGCAGUUGUCAGCAGACCUGAGCGCUGACACAACCUGUCUGUCUGAUGUGCAUUGCUGAAUUUUACUCUGGAUAAUGAAGGGACACUUCUUAGCACUACAGAGGCACAAAUUACUAUGCAAAAUAUUUUUUGUAUCAAGAAACUAUCCUAUAUCAAUUUCCUGUAACAAUCCGGACGUACAUUAUGGCUCGUUGUAACGAAUUACGAAUGUGAGUAAGUAAUUGAGCUGUAUGUUUAUGAGCUUUUUUUUUGCCUGAUUGCUGAAACUAAAUUUGUUAUUUGUUUACCUCUCUUAUGAUUGUCUUUGCUUUUAUUCUUCAUUGUCACUUGCAUAUAUGUUCCACACAGUGAUUUCUAGCUGAGAUCUUUGACAAGCCUUAUUUUAUUUUUUUUUCCUGUUCUAUAGGCAGUAUAAACUGUAAAGCCAGAAUAACUGGAUUUUGGACAUUUCAACUGUGUGGAUGAUCCUAGAUGUGUACAUUUUAGAUAGAAAACAUUUGUAAAAACAAGGGAAAUGAUUAAUCAUUUACUAUUAGUUUUUCUUUAUUUAGUUACAAGAAACAAACAGCUACUCACUGACUACACCUUUUCUGACUGCUACUUACUCAUCACAUGGAGAAGAUGCUCUCUUGCUCUCUUCCCUCUCUCUCUCUCUCUCUCUCUCUCUCUCUCUCUCUCUCUCUCUAUAUAUAUAUAUAUAUAUAUAUAUAUAUAUAUAUAUAUAUAUAUAUAUAUAUAUAUAUAUACAUAGGCUAAUGCUUCUCUACCGAGUACAACACCAUCAGACAGGAGGUAUCUUUCAGACUCCUGGCUAUUGGUGGCCAAGUGGUCAAGUGCUUGUGUUUCUUGGGAGUUGUAUAAAAGAUGCCUUCUGUGCUGUGAAACUCUGGAACAGUUAUAACAGAGCAAGACACCACUUAACACCUACUCACAAUGCCUUCCUAACAUCUUUAGCCCAGGUGCGUCACACCAUUUCACACCUCUAUACUCCAACAACUGUGCUGUGACCUUAAGCCCAUAAACCCUUGGGCAUUUUAAUAAUCUUACAGCAUAAUAUUCAGUAACUACUCUGACUUACCGAGUCAAUAUUCAGAAAGUAAUGCAGUGGGAAAUGUGCACAGUUACAAGAUCAAGGAGUUUACGCCAGGACCGUGUGAUAGAAUCAUCUAGGGUUCAGUAGAUUUUAUGUCAUCAUAAGUGUGAAUCACCAAAGAGGUUUGAAUGUCAGAAGUUUUCCCACCACUCAGUAUAACAGUAGAACUGAUGAGCAGUGACCCAUCGUCAUGAUUAUCCAACAAUGGAUACAAGCCCAGCUGUUCUGCUUUACUCCCACGAGACAUAAACUUCAGACUCAACUCUGGCCUAGUGUGUGUGUGCGCGUGUUUUUUUUUGUGUGUGUUUAAUAUUGGAUUUUAUUUUUUAUAUUACUGCUGACAAAAUCUGAUCUAGCCAAGGGAUUUGUAAAAUGUGAUCCAUUUGCCUACCACUGUUCCUCCUCUGAACUGUAGUGUGGACCACGCUCUACUUUGUUUUGUUAGGCCAAAUGAACUGUUAUAGCUCUUCUAUGGAUCCUUUUACAGCCAGCAGAUUUUUUUUAUAGAGCAGUGUUUCUUCUUCACAAAGCAAAUCACACCCCCUCCUUUGGCUCUAAUAUUUAUCAUACAGUGGUAUUUCGUGCCAAAGUCUGCCGGGACACUGAACACUCACUGUGUCCGAUCAUAACAGACACACUUCAUAUGACGAAUACUGCUUUCACCAAGGAUGUUGGCCUUACUCACGUGUAUUUAUAUGUAUUUUCAUAUGAUGCACCGUGUUGUGCAGAAUCACAAUGUUAUGCAAUAUUUCUUACAAGCAUUUUGUGCUGAAAUGUCUUAAAUGUACAUAUGUAAUUACUGUUAACAGCAUAAACAUUUAACAGUAUACUGUUUGCCUACUGUUUUUUUGUACAAUUGAAUAAAAUCUGCAGUGAG